UCUCCUCCGGUUUCCUGAUCCAACCCGCACCACUGCACAACUCAAGUGAACGGAUUCCGCAGGAGUCGGUGCUCCACCGACACGCAGAGAUGACAGCGGCAACACGAGCCGCCCCCUUCCGGCUUUCAGCGCCGGCCACCGGCUGACGAGCGUGCUUCAAGUCACGGAGAACCGCGAGCUUAAUACUAGAGCGGCACAUUUCAGCGGCGGAACCGCAGCUCGGACGGGAUGCCCGGGGACGGUUAUUGACCUCCCGGUAACGUCAUGCUAAUCUGGUAAACUGAGUGGAGGCAACAUGGGAUUCCUGCACCAGCUCCAUCUCCUGCUGUGGAAGAACAUCUCUCUGAAGAGGAGGGGGCCGUGGGUGCUGGCCUUUGAGAUCUUCAUCCCACUGGUCCUCUUCUUCAUCCUCCUGGGUCUGAGGCAGAAGAAGCCAGCGAUUCCUGUCAAGGAAGCCUUUUACAGCGCAGCCCCACUCACCUCGGCUGGCAUUAUUCCUAUCAUGCAGUCGUUGUGCCCAGAUGGACAAAGGGAUGAAUUUGGUUUCCUGCAGUACAAGAACUCCACUGUGACCCAGCUGCUGGAGCGGAUCAGUGAAGUGGUUGAACAGAACCGCCUCUUCGCGUCUGAGCGGCCUGGUAUGGGCCAAGAGCUUGAGACCCUGCAGCAGCACCUGGAGAGUCUCAGUUCAACCCGUUUACCUCUGGACUACAACUUCAACACCAGUCAAGGCUUCACACUGGCCAGUGUGUUGAAGAACCAGUCGGUUUUCCAGCAGUUCCUGGUCAAGAACCUUUCCCUGUCCAACUCCACAACCAGCCUGCUGCUCAACACUCCAGUCAGCCUCAGAGAGGUGUACAGUCUUAUCUUUGGUACAUCUCUCAGAGAUGGAGGAGGAGCCCAAAGUUGGAUUCAGGGGGCAAAAGACACCAGACAAAAAGCAGGAGACAACGUUGGUCACCUGGAGGAGUUCCUUCUGACUGGAGCCAUGCUAGAGGUCCUCACCUGUGGUGAGGGCAGGGCCACUGAGCUCAGUAAGAUCCUGCUGGUGCCUGAGAAGCAGCGGCCAGUGCUGCAGGCCUAUCGCAGCACAGUGUGCAGCGGAGGGGAAGGUCAAAGGUCAGAACGCUUCAGGCUGAUGAGCCUCGAGUUGCGACAGCAGGUCAACACACAGAUUGUCAGUGAGAAGCUUCACUUGGAAAAGCCCAGCUCUUUGGUUCCACUCUCUCAGUCCGACCUUGGGGCCUUAUUGAAGGACCUGGCUGAUGUCGAGAGACUUCUCAAGGAUGUAGACCUGCUCUCUGGCCUGGCCCGACUGCUGCCUAAAGGAGCCUGCACUGGUCGAACUCCAGCCUCCCCCGCAAACAUGACCUGGCCCCUUAACGCCACCACCUGGGGCCCCAACACAACGGACAUCCCUAGAGAGGAGGAGGUGGAAGGAGCAGAGGGAGGUGGAGGAGCAGGAGGAAGGAAAGUGAAGGAGGAAGCAGAGAACCCUCACUCUCAGUUUUCAGCAUUUGUACAACUGUGGGCCGGACUACAGCCGAUUCUGUGUGGGCACAACAGGAUUAUUGAGCCAGAGGCUUUGAAACAGGGGAAUAUGAGUUCUCUGGGAUUCACCAGCAAAGAACAGAGGAAUCUGGGCUUACUGGUUCACUUGAUGACGACAAAUCCCAAGAUCCUCUACUCACCCAUUGGUUCCCAGAUGGAUAAAGUGAUUCAGAAGGCAAAUGAGACAUUUGCAUUCGUCGGCAACGUGACGCACUACACCCACGUGUGGCUCAACAUCUCCGCACAGCUCAGGACUUUUCUGGAGGAGGGCCGGCUGCACAACCACCUGGUGUGGCUUCAGCAGCUGUCAUCAGAGCUUCAGCAGCACCCCGAGUUGUUAAAUGGCACAGACAGUGUGCUGAUACAGGGUCUGAUGGAAGGUAACUACAGUCUUCCAAACAUCUCCACCCUGCUGGAGCAGCUGGACACUAUCGACAAUGCUGCCUGCGGCUGGACGCGCUUCAUGUCUAAGGUCAGUGUGGAUGUCUUCAAGGGCUUUCCUGACGAGGACAGCAUUGUCAACUACACCCUAAACCAGGCCUACCAGGACAACGUGUCUGUGUUUGCCAGUGUGAUUGUCCAGACGAACAAAGAUGGCUCCCUGCCGCCCCAUGUUCUGUACAAAAUUAGACAAAACUCCAGCUUCACAGAGAAGACCAAUGAGAUCAGACGGGCCUACUGGCGUCCCGGGCCCAACACCGGGGGGAAAUUCUACUUCCUCUACGGUUUUGUUUGGAUCCAAGAUAUGAUAGAGAGAGCCAUCAUCAACACGUUUGUGGGCCACGAUGUGGUGGAGCCUGGGAACUACGUCCAGAUGUUCCCCUACCCCUGUUACACCAGAGACGAUUUUCUGUUCGUGAUUGAGCACAUGAUGCCUCUGUGCAUGGUGAUCUCCUGGGUUUACUCAGUAGCCAUGAUGAUUCAGCACAUCGUGGCGGAGAAGGAGCACCGGCUCAAAGAGGUGAUGAAGAUGAUGGGUCUGAACAACGCUGUCCACUGGGUGGCUUGGUUCAUCACGGGCUUUGUCCAGCUGUCCAUUUCCGUCACUGCUCUGACGGCCAUCUUGAAGUAUGGCAAGGUGUUGCUCCACAGCGACCCCUUCAUCAUCUGGCUCUUCCUCACCAUCUACGCUGUGGCCACCAUCAUGUUCUGUUUUUUGGUGUCGGUAAUCUACUCUAAAGCCAAGCUGGCUUCAGCCUGUGGAGGAAUCAUCUACUUCCUCAGCUACGUGCCCUACAUGUAUGUGGCUAUUAGGGAGGAAGUAGCCCAUGAUAAGAUCACUGCCUUUGAGAAGUGCAUCGCUUCUCUGAUGUCCACCACAGCAUUCGGCCUGGGCUCCAAGUAUUUUGCGCUGUAUGAGGUAGCAGGUGUUGGCAUCCAGUGGAGGACCAUCAGCCAGUCACCAGUCGAAGGCGAUGACUUCAACCUGGGUCUGUCCAUGAUGAUGCUCAUCAUUGAUGCCGCUGUAUAUGGUGUGCUCACUUGGUACAUAGAGGCUGUGCAUCCAGGAAUGUAUGGGCUUCCCCGUCCAUGGUACUUCCCCUUGCAGAGGUCCUAUUGGUCAGGCAGUGGGCGUGUCGAGACCUGGGAUUGGCCAUGGUGUGGAGGCGGGGCUGCCAGGCUCAGUGUGAUGGAGGAGGAUCAAGCUUGUGCUAUGGACCAGCGGAGAUCUGAGGAGAUGCGGGGCAUAGAGGAGGAGCCGAGCCACCUGUCAUUGGUGGUUUGUAUAGACAAACUGACCAAGGUGUAUAAGACCGGCAACAAACUGGCUCUCAACAAACUGAGCCUCAACCUCCAUGAAAACCAGGUAGUCUCCUUCCUGGGACACAACGGCGCUGGCAAGACCACAACCAUGUCCAUCCUGACAGGCCUGUUCCCGCCCACCUCUGGCUCUGCCACCAUAUAUGGUCAUGACAUCCGCACGGAGAUGGAGCGGAUUCGUCAGAACCUGGGCAUGUGUCCACAGCACAAUGUCCUGUUUGACAAGCUGAGUGUGGAGGAGCACCUGUGGUUCUACUCCAGACUCAAAGGCAUGGCUGAAGAAGACAUACGCAAGGAGAUGGACAAGAUGAUUGUUGACCUGGAGUUAUCAAACAAGCGCCACAGCUUGGUGCAGACUUUGUCCGGUGGGAUGAAGAGGAAGCUAUCUGUGGCCAUCGCCUUCGUUGGGGGCUCCAGGGCUGUCAUCCUGGACGAACCCACAGCAGGGGUGGACCCCUACGCUCGCAGGGCCAUCUGGGACCUAAUCCUCAAGUACAAACAGGGUCGUACAAUUCUGCUGUCCACCCACCAUAUGGAUGAAGCAGACCUUCUGGGAGAUCGCAUCGCCAUCAUCUCACACGGGAAACUUAAGUGCUGUGGCUCGCCACUCUUCCUGAAGAGCACCUAUGGAGACGGAUACAAACUGACACUAGUCAAAAAGCAGAGUGAAGGCCGAGCACCGGGCAGCCAGCUGCUGCCUCCUUCGUCUCUGCCUCCAUCCUCCUCUCUGUCACCCUGCUCAGAAGCUCGGGUCACCCAGUUUAUUCGCCAGUUUGUGGCAUCAUGCCUGCUGGUGUCUGACUCCAACACUGAGUUGUCCUACGUCCUGCCUUCUGAGGCCGUCAAGAAGGGCUGCUUCGAGAGGCUGUUCCAGGCUUUAGAGCAGAGCUUGGACAGCCUGGCUCUGACCAGCUACGGGGUGAUGGACACCACCCUUGAGGAGGUUUUCCUCAAAGUAUCUGAGGAGGACCAGUCUCUGGAGAACAGUGACGCUGACAUGAAGGGUUCCCCAGGGGGCAGCUCAGUGGGGAAGACCUCAGUGGGUUCAGGAGGGCUGGGGGCGCCACAGGGUGAGACUGGACCUUCAGUGGAGAGUGAGAGGCCGGAGGUGGAGCUGAGUAAUCUGGUGAAGUGCUCCAGGCUGAGUCAGAGCCAGUCCUCCCUGAAAUCCUCCUCGUCCAUCGGCUCAGUGAGGGGGGAUGAAGGGGGACUGUACGCAGACUUCUAUGGAGAUUACUGCCCACUCUUUGACAACGGCCAAGAGCCUGACUCUGCCAGCCUGAGGGGAGAUGCAGAGAACCCCUCGUCCCCAGAGCCACAGGUCCUGGAGGGGCAGGGCAGCUUCAAGUUGGAGGGUUGGUGGUUAAAGCUAAGUCAGUUCCAUGGCCUCAUCGUCAAGAGGUUCCACUGUGCCAAGAGGAACACCAAGGGCCUCUUCUCUCAGAUCCUCCUCCCUGCCUUCUUCGUCUGUGUGGCCAUGACCGUGGCCUUAUCUGUGCCUGAGAUUGGAGAUUUGCCACCCCUGAUCUUGUCCCCUUCUCAGUAUCAUAACUACACCCAACCUAGGGGCAACUUCAUCCCCUACGCCAACGAAGACAGACCCCAGUACAGGAGUAAGGGGUCCCCAGACGCCAGCCCACAGAAGAUCAUCAACAGCCUCCGUCUGCCCUCGGGCGUGGGUGCUACCUGUGUCCUUAAAACCCCCUUCAACAGCACCCUGGACCAACUGGCCCAGACCCUCAACCCCAGCGCCAACAACUCCAAGACCCUGGCCGCUCGCUACUUUGACUCAAUGUGUCUGGACUCCUUCACCCAGGGAGUCCCUCUCUCCAACUUUGUACCCCCACCUCCUUCACCGGCACCAUCAGAUGACCCAGAUCCUCGCUUUGAGGACGGACUGUGGAACUUCACAGUGGCCCCUCCAACCACAGUCCAUGAGCUGGUGACAUCUCCUCCCACACUCCCCCUGGCCAUCCAUGAGCCAGUGCGUUGUAUCUGCUCCAUGCAGGGGACAGGCUUCUCCUGCCCCAGUGGAGUGGGAGGACGGCCCCCCCUCAUGAAGGUGGUAACAGGUGACAUCCUGGUGGACGUCACAGGCCGGAACGUCUCUGAGUAUCUGCUCUUCACCUCAGACAGACUGCGCCUGCACAGAUAUGGUGGUUUAACGGUGGGGAACAUCCAAAAAUCAAUUCCAGCAUCCUUUGGGAGGAAGAUACCUCCAAUGGUUCGGAAGAUAGCAGUUCGCAGAUCAGCUCAGGUUCUGUUCAACAACAAGGGUUACCACAGUAUGCCGACGUAUCUGAACGUCCUCAACAACGCCAUCCUGCGGGCCAACCUGCCUGCGUCCAAGGGCAACCCUGCUGCUUACGGUUUCACACUGACAAACCAUCCAAUGAAUCGAACCAGUGCCAGCCUCUCUUUGGACUACUUGCUCCAGGGUACAGAUGUGGUGAUUGCCAUCUUCAUCAUUGUGGCCAUGUCCUUUGUGCCAGCCAGCUUUGUGGUUUUCCUGGUUGCAGAGAAAUCCACGAAGGCCAAACACCUGCAGUUUGUGAGCGGCUGUGACCCCGUCAUCUACUGGCUGGCUAAUUACAUCUGGGACAUGCUGAACUACCUGGUACCUGCCACAUGCUGUGUUAUUAUUCUGUUUGUGUUCGACCUGCCGGCCUACACCUCCCCAACUAACUUCCCUGCUGUCCUCUCCCUCUUUCUUCUGUACGGGUGGUCCAUCACUCCCAUCAUGUACCCAGCAUCCUUCUGGUUUGAGGUGCCCAGUACAGCCUACGUGUUCCUAAUCGUCAUCAACCUAUUCAUAGGCAUCACUGCAACUGUUGCCACCUUCCUCCUCCAGCUCUUUGAGCAUGAUAAGGAUCUGAAAAAAGUCAACAGUUACCUGAAGUCCUGUUUCCUAAUCUUCCCCAACUACAACCUGGGCCAUGGCCUGAUGGAGAUGGCUUACAAUGAGUACAUCAAUGAAUACUACGCUAAAAUAGGCCAGUUUGACAAGAUGAAGUCUCCGUUUGAGUGGGACAUUGUGACUCGAGGACUCGUUGCCAUGACAAUCGAAGGCUUUGUUGGCUUCCUCAUCACCAUCCUCUGCCAGUACAACUUCCUCAGGAAACCCCCGAGGGUGCCAGUCAGCUGCCAGCCUAUAGACGAUGAUGAUGUAGACGUGGCCUGUGAGAGACGAAGAGUGUUGCGAGGAGACGCCGACAACGAUAUGCUGAAGAUCGAGAACCUUACAAAGGUUUACAAAUCCAGGAAGAUGGGUCGUAUCCUGGCAGUGGACCGGCUGUGCCUGGGCGUCCGGCCUGGUGAGUGUUUUGGACUUCUCGGAGUUAAUGGAGCCGGGAAGACCAGCACCUUUAAGAUGCUAACGGGAGACGAGUGCACCACUGGAGGAGAAGCCUUCAUCGACGGAAACAGUAUCCUGAAGGACCUGUUACGUGUGCAGCAGAGUAUCGGCUACUGUCCACAGUUUGACGCUCUGUUUGACGACCUGACAGCCAGAGAACAUCUGGAGCUUUACACUCGUCUCCGUGGCAUUCCCUGGAAAGACCAGGGGAGGGUGGUGCAGUGGGCAUUAGAAAAGCUGGAGUUGUCAAAGUAUGCCGACAAGCCUGCCGGCACUUACAGUGGAGGAAACAAGCGCAAGCUUUCCACUGCCAUCGCUCUGAUUGGAUUCCCGUCACUCAUCUUCCUGGAUGAGCCCACCACUGGCAUGGACCCAAAGGCGCGCAGAUUCCUCUGGAAUUUAAUCCUGGACAUAAUCAAGACUGGACGCUCUGUAGUGCUGACAUCACACAGCAUGGAGGAGUGUGAGGCUUUGUGCACCAGACUGGGCAUUAUGGUGAACGGCAGGUUUAAAUGCCUGGGCAGCAUCCAACAUCUCAAGAACAGGUUUGGGGACGGCUACAUGAUCACAGUGAGGACAAAGAGCAGCUCUAAUGUGAAGGAGGUGGUUCGAUUCUUCAACAGAAACUUCCCUGAGGCCGUGCUGAAGGAGCGUCACAACACCAAGCUCCAGUUCCAGUUGAAGUCUGAGCGGAUCUCCCUGGCUCAGGUCUUCAGUAAGAUGGAGCAGGUGGUGGAGGUGCUGGGCAUUGAGGAGUACUCUGUCAGCCAGACCACUCUGGACAAUGUGUUUGUCAACUUUGCCAAGAAACAGAGCGACAACCUGGAGCAGCAGCAGGUGUCGCCCCCUGCUGGUGGACAGUCCCCCCUGCAGCGCAUCCUCAACCUGCUGAAGUCUCGGCCGGCCAACACGGAGCUCAACGCUCUGAUCAGCGAGGCGCCAGAGGAGCUGGAGAGCGAUGAUGAUGAAGGACUCAUCAGCUUUGAAGAGGAAAGAGUGCAGCUCUCCUUCAACACGGACACUCUCUGUUGAAUGGGCAGAGACAGAGGAGGGAACCCGAAGCCGCCUGACUGAGCCCAGAGGCCCGGUGGGCGAACGGAGCAGCUGGAUUAACCCUGACGAGAACCACGACUCUCUGCAGCAUGGAACAUAGGACCAGUAGUUCAGUAUUUCAGCCUCUAAUUGUUUAUCCCAGGAGGGACUGAGGUGGUUUAGGUCAGAAUAUACAGGCAGCGGUGAUGGCCUGCAGAGACCAGCUUACAGGUACACACAGCAGCGCAUGUGGAUUUAGGACUUUGUCCUGGAAUGUUUCCUUUAUUUUGUUGUUGUUGGGGAGAAUGUAUCUCAAAAGCAGCUGAUGACUACAGUCGUUUAGGCUACCUUUAUUAAAUGAACAUAUCAUUAUGUUCAAAGUGUUUGACAGCGCCGGUUACUUUGGGUUGGCUGUACGCUUCCUACCAGAGGGCCUCACGUGACCAGAGCGGGCCCUUGUUACUGUAACUAGACCUGCUUUGAGAGCGUGCUGUGACGAAGGUGGUAACCAUUGGUCAUGUAAUACAGUCUAUUUUUCGGUGGCAAAAAGAACGAUUUAUUUUGGAUAUUGAAGCAGCUACAGAAUGACGUGUGUGAUUUAAUUCUGCAAUAACAGAGGAUUUACUGAAAUGCAUCUUGGGAAGUGGCAGCUGUGGAGAGAAUGUGCUGAUGGCGCCUCCCUUCCAUCAACGUUGACACUACAUUUGGUCUCUUUCUACUGAAUGCUUUUAACAUAUUAUGUUGUGGACUCUGCCAAGAAGAUCCUCUAUAAACCAGACACAGUGUAUAAUAAUAAUAAUACAAAUCAUAGAGAUCAUUAUACCAUUUCAAGUGAAGGUAAUCAGCAAUCUGAAACUGCAGUAAACUCUGCUUAUAUUCCCUGACAAUAACUGCACUACCAUCACUGUGAUACCAAAGGGAAUUCUCAGAUCUGAAUAUUAUUAUGGUUUUGUUUUUAACUUGGAUACAAUACAAGUUGUAUGAUUUGCAGAAGCAUUUGUAAUUUUCUAUGGAAUUUGGAGAAUAUAUGGAAUCUGAAAAUAUCCAGAUUCACAAAAACAUGGAUGUUUCUCUGGCUGUGUGUUGGCAUGUGGUUUGAACUGGUCUCUCGUGAGUGUCGUGAUAAUUGAGUUGUAAUCUGUCCUGUCAUAAUAGUAACUGUUUCACUACUUCUUUAACAGCUAAUUGCAGUCAUAUUUUGGUGAUUAUUAUUGGUGGUAGGCUGUUUUCCUACUUAAGAGGUUAUCAUUAAACACGGGGAAAAAAUGUAUAUUGUCAUUUCUUUCUUUUCAGAGAAUGU